AUGUCGCUUUCGGAAAUUUACGCGGCCAUCCGCGAGGUCUUCCCGUAUUACAAGUACUGUUCGGACGGCUGGCAGCUGUCAGUGCGCCACAACCUCUCGCUUAACAAGCAGUUCAAGAAGGUGUCGAAGGAGGGCAAAGGUUGGUUGUGGGGGCUCAACGAGGAG